AUGGGCUUCUUCGCCGAAGAUUCAGGCCUAAUCGUCACCCAUCUCCUCUACAAGGCAGCCCUCGUCCUCGCCCUCCUCAGAUGCGCUCUCUCCUGGGCUCUCAAACUCUGGCCCACAGCCGCCUCGCCGCCUUCCCGCCGCCGCCCUUCUCCUCAACAGAUCAGAGACCGCCUCAUCCGCACCACCUUCGCCGACGUCCUGGAGAGGAGGGACCAGGACGAAACGGCGGCGUCUUGUGCCGUCUGCUUGAACCAGAUGAGUCCGGAGGACGAGGUGAGGGAGCUCCGCAACUGCUGCCACGUCUUCCACAGCGACUGCAUUCACAGGUGGAUCGAUCACGAAGUGGAUGAUGAUCAGGAGGAGGAAGGCGACGAGAGUAAUCACCGGACUUGCCCGCUCUGUAGGACGCCGCUGCUGACGGCGGCCCAGAGCGCGGCGUGGAGCGCGGCGGCGGAGCAGCAGCAGCAGCCCAGCUGGGCGGUGGAGAGAAUACUUUACCUUUUCGGGGAUGACCUGCUUGUCUCUUGA